CGAUCGCUAGGCUAAACCUCUUUUUGUAGGUGAGGGAAAUUCUAGGUAGCGCGCGAGCGAGAAAUCGGUGAGAGGGAGAGCGCGAGGAGAAGAUCGACCUGAGAUCACGGAGAGAGUGUAGCUAGGAAGAGGGCGGCUAUGGCGCCAGCAGCUGCCGUGGAUUCGUCGCCGCUCCAGGAUUGGAGCGACGAGAUGGAAAGCAAUGGAGAUUUCGAGCUUGCGAGCAGCAGCGGGAAUGGAUCGGGGGCUCCUGGCGCGCCGGAUCACGGCUGGCACAAGGUGACAAACCCUAAGAAGCAGCGGCUGCGGGAGAGGAAGCUCAAGGCCGAGGGGGGAGGAGGAGGCGAAGGGGGCGCUGGGUUAGGUCAAGAUGGGAAGAACUCCUCCAAGGCGUUUGAGGCGCUGGAGAAGGAGGCGGAGGCGCGAACCGAGCGGCGCAAGUCGAGGAAGGCUGCAUGGAGCGCCAGUGUCGCCGCCGCUGCCACCCCCGCCGCGAAUGGCGUCCAUGAUCCUCACGGCAGCGACGAUGAGGAGCAAGGUAGCGAUGUUGAGUCUAAGAAUGCCGCUGUUGCGAAUGGAGGAGGAGGCAGCGCCAAUGGAGGCGAGAAGAAAAAAAAGGCAAAGAAGCCAAAGGUUUCUAUUGCCGAUGCUGCGGCUGCAAUUGACCCAGUGGAUCUGGCAGACUAUCUCGCCACCUUGUCGGCGUCUUACGACGAUAUUCAAUUGAUUCGUUGCGUGGAUUACUUCGUCAAGAUUUUCUCGCCUGUAAAUACGGUAGAGAUCGCGUGGGACAAGAUGUCGAGGGAUCCGCUGCUCAAGAGCGUCCAGGUUCCUAUCGGGGAUCUUCCUGACAAAGUGUGUAGAGCCACAGCUAACUGGCUGGGACAGAAGUCCGUGGACGCUUUGUCACAAUUCGUCUCCUGGGCCCUCAACGAUGUUUUGUUCGAGGCUCAGCCCCAGCAAAAGGGUGGGAAGAGUGGUCCUACGGUUUCCAACAGCACAAAGAUUGCUGUGCUCGUUGUUGUGGCCAUACUACUGAGAAGAAGGUCCGAAGUGCUACUGGGAAUGAUGGAAACGCUUCGACAACCGAAGUUUCAAGCUCCACCGAAGCUUUACGUACUGGCCUGGAUGUACGGCCAGGUAGCUCGUGAGGAUCUGCUUGCUGGAUUAUAUCUGUGGUCCCAUAAUCUUCUGCCAUUCGCUGUUGGUAGCUCCAGCACUCCGGUUACUCGGGACAUUGCUCUCCAGUUUUUUGAGGGCUUUGUGAUGAAAGACCUCGCUAAGAACCGCCCCUCUCUCUUGACUGGUGCUACAAGGAAGGAGAGGUUGAUUUCUCCUCACGCGCUCAUUGCGUGCCUCCAUAUGGCGUAUCCACCCGAGUCGUCUAGAACUAAGGCAACGCAAAGGUAUUUGGCGAUUUAUCCCACAGUGAAAGAAAUUUCUCUUGGAGGCUCUACUCGCACUCGAGCACUAAAGACUGUAGCUCAGCAGCUUCUUCCGAUGUCCCUUACCGUGGCCGAAGAAGAUGAUGCCGAGUUGUCCCUUGAAGGCUGCGAUCUAUUCAGGUGGUGUUUGUUUCAGUCACCCGAUAGCUACAAGCAAUGGGAGAAGCUCUAUCCGGAAAGGUUGAAAGGCAGCGUGCGUGUCCUAAAGUUCCUUAGGGGUACUUGGAGGGAAUCCCAGUCCAUGCUCUCGCCACUCAAAGAGUUACAGAGCACGGUGACAUCACUAAAGCUCCAGAGUCUCAAGAUGAAACAAGAUCCCAAGCUGGAAGCCGAGUCGAUCAAGGCUUUGGAUCACUGCAAGUUUCUCCAGAAGAAGAUGAGCUUGUGGAAUGCGUGCUUGAGCGCGAGCGUCGCUCUGGCGUGCACGGCGGCUGCUGGCUACGCGUUCUAUCUUCUGAGCCCCGACAAGAACCCAUGGAACUGGGACGGUAAGAUUCUUCUCAGCAAUCUAUAGUUUCUCUCUUCUAUCUCGAUCGCAAGCUACCAUUGACGACAGCAACACCAAAAGCCAAAAAAAAAGGUUCUAUGCUCGACGUGAUUCAAAGACAAGUUCUUAGACCUUAGAGACGGUGAAGAAAAAAAUUUGAUCUUUUGGAGUAGGAUAGGCGCUUCUCUCUUUUUUUCUUCACCGUUUGUUUCUUCGUAAUAAUAAGGAAUGGAAGUCUUUGCCUUUU